UGCUUCUCCUUUGACAGACUUUUAGGGUUUAUCAGAGGUCGUGCUUCCGUUUAGUCGUAAUGGCUGAACACACGGAUGAUUCCGUUUCCACAGUAGAUUCUAUCAUGGAUAAGAUAUCCGAUAAGAUUCACCACCACGAUUCAUCGUCUUCUUCCGAUUCGGAUAACGAGAAAUCGUCGCCCUCCACCGUCAAGUCGGCGAUCUAUCGUCUAUUCGGGAGGCAGAAACCCGUGCACAAGGUCUUCGGCGGUGGUAAACCUGCUGAUAUUUUUCUGUGGAGAAACAAGAAGCUUUCUGCAGGCGUUCUUGGUGGUGCCACUGCAGUCUGGGUUCUCUUCGAAUUGCUGGAAUACCAUCUGCUUACGCUCGUUUGCCAUUGCCUCGUACUCUCCCUUGGGAUCUUGUUCGUUUGGUCCAAUGCCUCCGUUUUCAUCAACAAGUCCCCACCUCGCAUUCCUAAGGUUGCCAUCCCGCAAGAUCUAGUCGUGAACAUUGCCCUCUCCCUACAUUUCGAGAUCAAUCGAGCCCUUUCUGUUUUAAGGGACAUUGCGUUGGGGAGGGAUCUCCGCAUGUUUUUAGCUGUGAUUGCUGGUCUGUGGGUUCUGUCAAUUGUUGGGAGCUGCUGCAAUUCCUUGACCUUAUUCUACAUAGCAUUUGUUUUGCUGCACACGGUGCCGGUUCUGUAUGAGAAGUAUGAGGACCAGGUGGACUCCUUUGCAGAGAAGGCGAUAGCUGAAUUCAAGAAACAGUGGGCAGUGUUUGAUGCCAGGGUUCUCAGUAAGAUUCCAAGAGGGCCAUUGAAAGCUAAGAAGAAGGUUUAAAUAUUAGGGGCUGAGGUAUUCUAUGGCCCUAGUAUGGUGGGUUCUCUGAGACAUUAGCUAGCUAUGGUUUUCCAAAUGUUUUUAUGACUGCUUGUCCAUUGUUUGCUAGAACCUUUCUUAUCUUUUGGAUUUUAUAAGUGUUUGGGUUUUCGGUUGGAGUGAAUUUGUUUUUUCUUUUUCUUUUUUUUGGUAGGCUGGUUCCAAGUUCUAGCAACGUGAAUUCUCUAUUUAUCAUUUAUGUUUGCAAUGUUAUAUGUAAAAUUGGAAACUUGCCUAAGCAGUUCUCCUCUAGGAAUGAUCUUGUUGAUGCCAAUGGUACAUUGAUC